CCUCAAGCCCCACCCACUCCUGCCCCCUAGGUUUCCGAGGCCGCCAGGGAGGGGACUGCGGGCGACGCCGGGAUUUUGGUUUGGGUAACUGGGUAGAUGGGGGCGCCAUUAUCGCGCUUCUCUUGUAGGGCGCCUGUGAAGGUUAUACGAGAGGCUCCAUCUGUCCUUAUUGAAAGUGCUCUAACGCAGGGACCAGCCGUCCUGCUGACGCCCGGGCCACCGAGCACAGGGAAAGCACGGGGUUGCUGGAGGGCCAAGAACUCCCAGGCGGUAGCUGGAGGAAAGACAGACGCGGGGGUGCUGUUUAAAGAUGGGACAGGUGAUGCCAGGCUCCCCCGGAGUGGUUUCCUCCUUCAGGUGCAAGCUGGGAGAAAGCAGAGAACUGACUCCAUGAAGAGUUGGGAUUUUGAAAAAAGAGCCCCUGGACAAGGGGUUGAGGCAGCAAAGGACGUCCAUCACUCAUCUGUCACUAUCCUCCUCACAUUUAAUCCUCACAACACCCCUGUGAGAGGAAACAGAAGUGGAUUGCAGCAGGGUGUGUUGUGCUUGCACGGGACUCCCGCGGAGAAAGAAACUUGGUGGCCACAAGUUACCCUCUCUGCUCUCUGUGCGAAGGCCUCCGGGAUCUACACAGCAUUCCUAUGCUGUGCUCCCACCCCUCGCCUCCAGCCCCCUCAGUAUACAUCCACUGCGGCAAAUGCACUGACACACUUACAGCCUCACAAGGCCCAGGUUGGACAGCUGCCUGCCAUGACUCCAACGACAAGUUGGGCAUCUAGCUCAAGCCAAGUGGAUGCAGAAGCAAGCAACUGGGAAAUCGACAGGACUCACACUAACUGGGCUUCUGGUAAGGACCCAUGCAGUCUGCCUGGGGUUUGCACAGGGCAGUGAUCCCAGCAGGGCAGUGAGGACUGUCAUGUAAGCCACAUGGGCACAUCUCAAACGACAUUCUAGAAAU